UCGACCGCGAAAUGCUGUCCUACAUCGUGGCGUCCAUGCUGGGCCCCCUGUUCAUCACCAAGGACUUCGAGAAGGACACCGUCAGGAGGACCUCCCUGGAUGCCGCCCUCCGCCCCGUCCUCGCUCGCCACGGCAACAUGACCCAACUCAUCACGAAGUUGUCCUACAGGUGCGAGGACCUCAUCAUGCAGUGUUACAACAUCAUGUUCACGUUGCCCGGCCCGCAGUGUUGCCAGAAGCUGUUCCGGAGCACCAUCACGCCGAUCGGAGUGUGCUACAGGAGUGCCUUCGACAGCCACUUUACCCAGGUCAUGCCCGGGGAGGGAAUGGGCAUCAACAUCGAUCUACAUGUUCCUCUGCAUACGGAGGCCGUGAAUGACAUAAACGAAGCCCUCCAAUCACCCAACCCUCCUACGCUCACGCCCCCCUCCCCCCCGCCCACAGACCUGGACUGGAGCAUCCUGAAGGAGAACUUACACACCGUCUCAGGACUACAGAUCUCCAUCAUCAACAGCAUCUCCAUCCCCAGCUUAAAGGUCCUCGGCGAGAGGGUCGUCAUCCAGCCCAACACCAAGGUUUCUGUGGCUGUGGAUCACUCUGUGUUGCAUUAUUACUGGAUGUACAAAUGGACAGCCAAAAGGUUCAACUUUGAGUUUUAA